UUCGAGGGGAUUCGAGCCCGACAACGACGCGCGACGACAGACCACCCGACAAACGCACCCUUCUUAGCUCCCACAGAAGCCUCCGUGCUCUCCUCUUGAUUUUCGAUUCGAGGCUUUUGCUGAUUACACCUUUGCAGCCAUGGGAGGCGUCACCGUUCGCGAUGUGGAUGCGCAGAAGUUCAUCAAUGCGUACUCCGCUUUCUUGAAGAGACAAGGCAAAUUGCCAAUCCCAGGAUGGGUUGACACCGUCAAGACCUCCACUGCCAGAGAACUCCCUCCUCAGUCCGAUGAUUGGUUCUAUGUCCGCGCUGCUUCAGUUGCCCGACACAUCUACCUCCGCAAGACCGUCGGUGUUGGCCGUCUACGAAAGGUCCACGGAGGAACCAAAAACCGCGGUUCCUGCCCAUCCCACCACGUCAACGCCAGCGGUGCCGUUGACCGCAAGAUUGUCCAGGCUCUCGAGAAGAUCGGUGUCGUUGAGGUAGAUGAGGAGAAGGGUGGUCGCAGAAUCACACAGACCGGCCAGAGAGAUUUGGACCGCAUCGCCAAAACGACCCUUGAGGAGGAGGAGGAAGAUGAUGAGUAAAUGGUGACCCGGGGCUGAGAGAGGGUGCUUGAUUGCGACAGAGCUUGUGUUGAUAGGGACGGUCUUGGUCGAAAUUUUAAUGACUCCAUCAUGAUCCAAAGCUUGUGGCGCAAAUUGGGCACCAUGAUCCAGGGAGCGGGGAAUACUCUUUAGACAUACCGCCAUCGCUCAGAGGCGUUGCCCCAUUUGAAUGGAGUACGGUGUGACAUCUAUUUUAAUAUUUUGAUGAGCGUCCUACUCCAGUUCGGCUAUUUCCAUGAUCCGGCGGCAUGUCCUCCUGUUCAGUAUGUGACAGUGGCUCUCCAUGGACGACUGAUACGUCUAUUUCAUUUUUCUUUAUUCGCCAAUGAAUCUCCCUGUCUCUCCUCUGCUUGUAGCAUCAUGUUUUAUGCUUUUCCUGCAUGAACCUCAUCAAGAAAUCAAAAAAAUUUUACUUGUUCAGCCAUGUUUAUUUGUACGUG